AUGCUGAACUCUGAGCCCCCGUCCCUCUCCAUCCCCUCAUCCCGCCCCGACCCCGCUCCCUCCCCGGCCGCCGCUGCCGGUUCCGGUGCCGGUUCCGGUGCCGGUACCGGCUCCGCCGCGGAGCCCCCGCCCCGCACGGAGCCCCUGAGCCGCGCGGAGCCCCUGACUCGCGAGGAGCGGCGGCGCCGGCGCCGGGCCACGGCCAAGUACCGCACGGCGCACGCCACCCGCGAGCGCAUCCGCGUCGAGGCCUUCAACGUGGCCUUCGCCGAGCUGCGGCGCCUGCUGCCCACGCUGCCCCCGGACAAGAAACUGUCCAAGAUCGAGAUCCUGCGCCUGGCCAUCUGCUACAUCUCCUACCUGAACCACGUCCUGGACGUGUGACUGUCCGUCUGUCCAUCCCUGUGUCCGUGUGUCCAUCCCUGGGUCUGUGCAUCCCUGCUGCCCCCAUCCGAGAUGGAGAUCCUGCUCCUGGCCAUCUGCUGCAUCUCCUACCUGAACCACGUCCUGGACGUGUGACUGUCCGUCUGUCCAUCUGUCCAUCCCUGGGUCCGUGUGUUCAUCCAGCCAUCUGCUACAUCUCCUACCUGAACCACGCCCUGGAUGUCUGAGGUG